UCACUGUCGAGACCGGGGGGCUUGGUGGAGCGUCGGUGGACCGGGUUGGGGGGGCUUCCGAUCCAGACUGCGCAGUUGGAAUAAUAAUAAUAAUAAUAAAAUAAGAAUAAAAAAAGAAACAGGGAUUCGCUGGUUGUCAGACUCGCAACAUGGAUAUUAUGUCUGUUCUUAAUUUGGGCGAUUUGGCCCAAGCUUUCUCCAAAAUGGGAAUGUUUCCUGUGUUUGAUCUCGCUUAUUACAUCGUAUCCAUCCUCUACCUCAAGUACGAACCAGGCUCAGUGGAGGUUUCUCGCAGGAGCCCCGUGGCCUCCUGGCUCUGCGCUAUGCUCUACUGCUUCGGUAGUUACAUCCUGGCAGACAUCAUGCUCGGAAGCAGCCCCAUCGACUAUUUCCAACACAACAGCCACAUCCUGCUGGCCUCAGCUGUCUGGUACCUCAUCUUUUACUGCCCACUGAACCUCUUCUAUAAAUGUGUGGCUUUCCUGCCCGUCAAGCUGGUGUUGGUCGCCCUGAAGGAGGUGGUCCGCACCCGUAAGAUCGCCGCCGGCGUUCACCACGCCCACCACGCCUACCACCACGGCUUCUUCAUCAUGGUCAUCGUCGGAUACGUCAAAGGGUCUGGAGUGGCUCUCAUUUCCAAUUUUGAGCAGCUGCUGCGAGGUGUGUGGAGGCCCGAGACCAACGAGAUCCUCAACAUGUCAUUCCCCACCAAAGCCAGUCUGUACGGAGCUAUUCUCUUCACCAUGCAGGAGGCUCACUGGCUGCCGGUGUCCAAGAGCACCCUCAUCCUCGCCUUCACCCUCUUCAUGGCCACAAGCAAGGUGUGGAUGACCGCCCGACACUCUCACGGCUCCCCCUUCGCCCUCAUCGAGUCCUGGGUUUGCCAUCUGUUGUUCGGCUCCCCUCUGGGUGGUUCUGAGGAGGACCACCACCACGCUCCCGCUGCUGCUCCAUCUUCACCCCUGAAAACCAAGGAGGAGCUGAGCGAAGGCUCUCGCAAGAGGAAGGCUAAGAAAGCCGAGUAGGACGUCACGCUGCACGGAUAAAAUUGCAUCUGACUCGCCCUCAUGGCCUCCACAUGAUGGGACUUCCCAUUCCUUUCUAGGGAAAGGGGCAGUUUGAUGUUUUGCCAAAUGAGACCCUUUCUGUUAGAGCAAAAUGGUGCUUUCUGCAUUUUACAUCGCAUGAGGAACUCUGUAAAUACCACAGCAAAUGUUUCACACUUCAACCCUCCAACUUGGACAUUUUAAACCUAUUUAUUUAUGUGUUUGUGAACAUCUGUGCUCAACACUGCGUGGCGAUCCACAUCUGUAGGGGCUGCGUGGUCGUUUUUAGGAUGGCCUUUAGUUCCCUCAGUAAGUUGUGUCAUCAGGCGUCUGUGGUUUUCUUUUAGACCACCAAACCCUCUUUUGUUAAAGAAAUAGAAAAUACAAAUUCAUCUGACUCUUAAUCAGAAAUUCAAAUGUGAAUAAAGCAUUAUGUGAAAGAACAUUGCUGCUUUUUACAUUGAGACAAAGACUAAUUCAUGUCUUUGAAUAAAAUGAGGAGAAACAUUG